AUGGAACUAGAGAGUCCAGAGAGUGGUUCUUUACACUUGUCUCACAGUUGGUUUGGCAGUUGUUCUCUUCCAGGCUUUGAUGUUACACUUUCUUUAUCUGAAGUACAGACAAUUUUGUCAAUGACAUCUUCGUUUUAUGGUGCCUCUAGUCAGAAGACAUCCAGGGAAUUUAACAGAAAUAAUGGCACUGCUAGGCAGGAAUUUAACAAUAAUUUGGAAGCAAUAGUUCCUGAUGGAGCAAUUGUUGCAAUUCAAGAUGUUGCCCAACAUAUGUAUUUUACGGUUAAAGGUGAAGAAAGGAAUUUGAGUAUUGGUGGUGCAAUCCAUUAUUCUCUCGAAGGGGAAAGGGCUCUUUUCAGGGUCAAAUAUUGCAUUGAAAGGAGAUGGAAGUCUACAGUUUUGUGGUUUUCCUUGAUAUCAUUGUACGCUAAGAACGACAUGGGUGUGCCACUGAGAUUGAAUUAAUCCAGG